GGGAGCGCCUGUAAAUAAAACCUGCAUCCUGUUUUGACAACGCGGAAAAUAUGUUAUAGGACGGGUAGGAUUUAGUCGAAGUCGGGGGUGGUGCGACCUACACCGUCCGACUGACUGGGAUUUAUCUUAUCUUCGCCGAAUGCUACCGAAAUCGUUAGUUCGUGCUUCAUCUGUGCUCCGCUUGGUGCUAUGCAUUUUUCUACUCUGGUUGCUGUUCUUGGCAAGAAUUUUUAGAUGGUCCAAAGAGGAAGUGCCUGUCCCAAUUAUCAUUGAAGUUCAGCCAGAAACCGUCCAGGUCCAACACAUGCCAUUGAAAUGGAAUUCGAACCUUGCAUUUUCGCAGUUGGUUUUUGAAGAUGACAUUACCUCAAUCCGCCAUCCCCAGGAUGCUUGCAUUCCUCCGCAGUCUCGUUCGACGAUCCCUUUUGUUACCGUAUUUGUCCCUUCUGCGCCGCUGAACGUCUUGCGCCGAAAUUCUAUUCGUGGAACGUGGGGAAGUUUCGGACGUCGCUCCGACAUUCGUGUAUUUUUUGUCAUUGGUCUCGUGAGCAAUGACUCUGUGCUUGAUGAUGUGAUUGAGCAGGAAAAAUCCAAAUGGUACGUUCACUGGAGAGAAUUCCGCGGAAACAAGUUUCCGAAUUUCGUUACCGGACCUGCUUACGCGUUCACGUCGGAUGUCCUUCCGAAACUUGUGGCCAUGGCCAGAGCCACACCUUAUCUGAAACUCGAAGAUGUGUAUGUCACUGGAGUUCUAGCUGAUCGAGCAGGCAUCGAACGCAGAAACGAGCGAAAGUUUGGUAACGAUGGUAAUCCCUAUGCGGGUUCCGUGUUCAACAAAACUGUACCGAUUGUCGAAGUGGAUGAUGGACUAGACGGAGAAACUUUCUUCUUGUACGUUUUCCUCGCGGGUCUCUUGGUCCUUGUCGGAAUAGCAGCUCAGCAGUUCUUUGUGUGGGGCAAGAGGAAAGCUAUAGCGGGGAAAGGAAGCAGUUCCCGGAAUGAAACUGCGCCGAAGGUGAAAACGCGCACGUUUUCUGUGGAAACUGGAACGAAAUCCAGUGACGAUGAAGUUGAUUUUGAUUGGCUGCCGCGAGAAACUCUGGCUGUCAUGAGUCCUGUGAUCACGCCUGAAGAUGAAGGGUCUUUCAUUGGCCAGCUUGAAGCACCAUCCCGCUGUGUUGUUAUGUGCGCACUUUACGUUGGACGCCUGGCGACAAGAAACCCUGACGUGACUUGGAAUCGUGUUUCGAAUCCGCGUCCAUUUGAGAUGUACGAGGGAAAACAGUACAAGUUCAUGAAGACCCGGGACGACUUCACGUGCAAGGCUCCGAAAUUCGACUGAAAAAAUCACACUUGUCAUUCACCAAAUGUAGUGCUUCGAUGCAUCGGAACUUCCUGUACGAAGUCAAAAAGAAUCAAGUCCUACCGAUCGUGGCUUUGAGAGAAAUUAUUGUGUUGUGAAAAACGUGACUAGUCCUGAAAAAAAAAUUGUUGGUGCAAUAAUCUACUCCCCCCCCCCCCCCGACCUCCCCACCAAAGAUGCUUUCUCGGUCGAAAGCUAAUCAAAAUGUUGUUCAAUCCUAGUUAUACCAAGUAUUGAAAUCUCUAGUCGAGGAGGAUCGCAUGUGUUCCCGAAAAAGUGUUACGAUUACCGAGAGUUGUUAUGCGAUGUUUUCCGGAGGUUGUGUCAACGUGUGACGCAUAGACAACUCGUGCUAUGUAGAACGUCGAUAUAAAUGCCGCGGUGGAUCUGAAGGAA